AUGUUGGCCAUCAGCACCCAACUCCAUUUCUGGUGGGCCAAGGGGCUCUGGGCGAUCCAGUGCCUCGAUAUCUCACCAACACUGACAUCGGCGGAGCCUACCAGCAAGUACACGGUCACCCUUCAAUUCAGAUGGAUGCCGAAGCGAAGCGAGCGGUCCCGAAAUCGGGUAAUCCACCUUGAGAAGGGGGAAGGGGAAGAGAUGCUGGCGGAGCUGACGACUUGGUACGGCAACCCAAGCACCCAAUCUCGAGAGGGGGGAAUCAUCGCAGCAACGGAUGUCUAUUCCCACCAGCCGCUUCUCUCGGGCCAUGUCUUCCACGUCCGCUUUGAUAGCGAGGAGGAGGCACAGAACAUGAAGGAUGUGGUGGACCUCCAAUGGUAUCUCAUUGUCACAGCGUCUUUGGCUGGCGCGCCCGAUGAAAAUGAGCUCUCCGAAUUUGCGCGCCAUGAUGAGGACGGAUAUGAGGACGGAUAUGAGCAUGGAUACGAGGAUGGAUAUGAAGACGGAUAUGAGGACGAAUGA